GCGCGUGUCUUGGUUGCCUGGAUACCGCCGCGAAGCAGUAGCGGCGGCUUGCGCGCCAGUUGCCGGGGUCGCGGCCGUUGCUAGAACUGGCGGUCGGUCCUCAUUUUCCGAGGAGCCCGAGGAGGAGCGGCACACCUUGAUUCUUCCCAGCUUGGUCCUGGUCUGCGGAGAGCGAUGCCGCUUCCCGACACCAUGUUCUGCGCGCAGCAGAUCCACAUUCCCCCGGAACUGCCGGACAUCCUGAAGCAGUUCACCAAGGCUGCGAUCCGCACCCAGCCCGCCGACGUGCUGCAGUGGUCCGCGGGGUAUUUUUCAGCUUUGUCAAGAGGAGAUCCACUUCCUGUAAAAGACAGAAUCGAAAUGCCCAUGGCCACUCAGAAGACAGACACAGGCCUGACUCAAGGACUCCUUAAAGUUUUGCACAAGCAGUGUAGCCACAAGGAAUAUGUGGAAUUAGCAGAUCUUGAGCAGAAAUGGAAAAAUCUGUGCCUGCCAGUAGAAAAAUUCAGAGCUCUCUUGCAGUUGGAUCCUUGCGAAAACAAAAUCGAGGGGAUAAAAUUUUUAGCGCUUGGAUGCAGCAUGCUUGGUGGGUCAUUGAACACUGCGAUGAAGCACCUGUGUGAGAUCCUGACCGCUGACCCCGAGGGGGGGCCUGCGCGCAUCCCCUUUGAGACUUUCUCCUACGUCUACCGUUACCUGUCGGGACUCGACUCGGAUAUACCUGCAUCGGACACGGAGUCCUACCUCUCCUCUCUGAGGGACAGCGUCAUCCGGAAGGCAGAUGCCCUCUGCUCCCUGGCGGCCACACCUAAGGCUCCCUGGGAGGAGAGUCUUCCGCUGAAGCUGGGUCUUCUCUGUAACAGGAGGGCCUGGAGGACUCACCGGCUGGAAGAGCAUCCAUGGCUGGGAAGCAAACUGGACCAUCAACUUGGACCAGCACUUGGUCCACUGGACAGAGAGAAGCAUUGAGAUCCUUUAUUUGCUUUCUUGAUAUAAAGUCUUCAAAAUGACAGUGUCAAUGAAUACAUCUCAGAUUGUUUUUCUGAGAACUUGGGAAUGGUUUGGCUUGUUGGCUCUCUGCAGAUUUGUUACCAUGCUAGCAAAUUUCAUCGGUGUUCAAAGACUUGUGAAAACCCAAAGUUAGGAGAUGCAGUUGUUAUCUAAAGAAGUGUGUCAUUUUUUGCACUGAAAGGUGUGAAGCAUAUUUUUCAUCUGGACACUAAGCUACUGUAUGUGAGAUGAUCUUUUUCCUGGACUUACAGUCACCCUUGCAGUGAACAGACGAUAUAGAGAGACUAUUCGUAAAAUUACAAGAAACUUUUCAGAGUUGGCAUUUUAAGAGCUUUUGCAAUUUUUGAGUUGCUUUAAACCUUCUCAAAGUUUGAUUUCCCCAAAGAAUUUAAGUAUUUUUCUCCUUCUAAUCAUAAAGCCUCCAUGCACGGGGUUAAGUGGAAAGACACCUUAGGUUUUGUAUGAGUGCAGUGGUAAGUCGUGUGGAGUGACCAGAUGUGUGCAGGGGAAGUACUGCAGCAGGAAGGGGCAUGCAAAGGAAGCGGUGUGCAAAGGAAGACACACAAACGGUGCUUGGACAUCCCGUGCACCUGACACAGACCCGACAAAGGCGCAGAGGGUUCUGUGUUUUUUUAAGCCAGACAAUCAGCCACCUCAGGAGGCACACGUGAGGCAAGAGAGCACAGGACAUUUGCAUGUGACAAAGAGAAGAGAUGUUGGCCUGCUAUCAGGGGACAGAAAAGGGACAACUUAAUACGAUGGAUUCAUAGCCGCUCCUCAGAGGGCACCACGAACGGAUGGAGGACUUGGGAGAGGCUCCCCAGCCAAACUGGGGUGGGGACAGCUCUGGAGAGUGACCUGCCUGCAGGGUUUGCAGGGACUGAGCUGCCUGGAGUGUCACUGGACCCAUUGGAGGUCGGCAGGGUACCCGGGUGAACAAACUGCUAGACUGCCGUCCAAGUUGGGCGUGGAACUGACAAGGAACGUUGAGGUAUAAAGGCCGCAAAGUAGCAUCCUCAGGGAAUAUUGUUCCAAUGAACCCUUCCUGAGGAAGCUGCUAGAGAGUUUCAGACAAAGAGAUUGGAGAGGUCAACGUAAGGACCAGUGUAUACGGAAUGUAUAUUUCUCCAUAGAACUGAGACUAAAUGAUGGUGAUAAAGGAUGUGCUAUCAUGUAUAAUGGCUGUGCGUGCUGACAACAUAGGGACAUAUCAUCAUCUAUCGAAUAUCGGAGACUGGGGGGUCUAUGUGAAAAGAAUCAGCUGAUUGAUUGUCAUAUAAUUAUUAACCAGAAGUAAACCAACAUUCAUAUCAGAUAUCUGGGGGAUGGAGAGGGAAGAAGAGUUUUCUAGCCAAUUUCAAUACUGAUCAUUGUAGAGAACCAACACACAUAGCCUGAAAAGAAAAGACUAAGGAUAUUAUCUAGAGAUACCUACGGUAAUCAUUACAGCAGAAAUACAAGCCUUCCUAAAUACCAAUAUAAAUAGACAGGUAGGUAGGUAAAAAGAGAGAAUCUCUGAAAGCUGAACCAAAAAAUAAAAAAUGUUUACGUAUAGGAGGGAGGCCGGGAGGGAACAGAUGGAGGAGGCUUGAAGCUGGUCUUCUCUGAAAGUCCCUUUUUGUUGAUUUUGGACUCCUGUAAGUACUUUACAUAAUUAUAAAACAAAAUUACAUUUUAAAAAAUCCCUGAAAAUUGAAAGUAAAAUGAAACCAAUGAACUUGACUGUGUAUCAAGUCGGUGGUGUAACCACAGGAACUAUUCCAAGUGACUUUACAACAAGUCACUUGAACAUUCCUAGUGGAAUAUACAGUAACAAACAAAAGUUACAAAACAGUUAAAAAUCCCAAAUUGUUUUCAGUGAUCAGUGUUGGUAGUAAUGGGAUAAGUGAGUAUUUCGGUGUCAGUAAGAACCUGGAUUUUUGUCCAGGAAUGGAGGACUGAAGAAAGAAAGAUAAGGUUAAGUCAAAUCCUGCGGUCCUGAGUUAGAACUGGAGCAUCUGCAUGAAAUCAUCAUCCCUGUGCACUGGAAAGGCCUAGAAGCAGCGAUGCAUCCAGUCAUCGGGGAGUACACCCAACAGCCAGCUGUGGUCCUUAAACCCCUCUAUCCACGGAAAGGAGCUGGGGCUCCUUGAAGCAGAACUGAUCCGGGUCUUGGGUAGGGAAUGUUCGAGGUGAAGCCCAGGACAAAGUGUCGUACUAGCGACAAGCUGUAAUGGACUUUCGGGUUCGUGUCCAAAGUCAAGUUGAAUGAACUUGCGCUUGCCCUGCUCUUCAGGGAUCCAUCCCUAUGACUGUCCUCCAGCAAUACAGAAGAUUCCUUGCCACUUGCCAAUGGUUACACCAUUUUCUCCAUUUCCCUCUAAAAAUGUGCUCUCUGGAGUGGACCGUGAGUCUCUAAACAGACCCCACGUCAGAGAGGAGAGGGCCCCUCCCGUGCGGUCGCUCCCCAGGAGCCAGGCCUGCUGCUUCCCGGAGGACCCUGCCGCCUGGCCCAGCGGGAAGGCAGGUGCUGAGCCAUCAGAAUGUCACCAAGUUGGCCUCAGAGCUGCUUAAACAAGGUGCCCUUCUAGGGGCCUGAGGACCGAGAGUGGGCCCCUCCCAAGCCUACAGGGGCAGCGCCCAUGACUACUUUGGGGCCUGUUUGCUAACAAGUGUCUGUCCAUUGGGCAGAAUUUGGGGUGAGACUUGCUUGCACUGUAACUGUCUAGUGGGGGGGGGCUACGGGGGGACAUAGAGCCAGCACCUCCUCUUGUCGCUGGAGGCCACCCCCCUUCACCAAGAGAGCCUCAUCAGAUUGCUGACCAGCCAAACUGGCUUAGGUCAAGAAGAUACAUUUGGGUGGAAUUUUAUAAGAUUGAGAAUAGAUGAAUAUUGCCAUAAAUAAACUUGCUAAUGGGGACAUCUGAACUCAAAAAACAUAAAUCAGGGGAUACUGUUUCACUUUACAAAAAAUCAUGUGUUAACACAACACUGUAAAGCAAUUAU